GUGGGGCGGACGCGGCGAUGGUGCGUGGAGGGGGGCGCCGCCCGCCGCCGGCCCCUGCCCUCUAGCCGUCGACGAGCACUGUCAGGGCCCGGCCACCGGAACGCUCGCGGACUGCCGCGCGCUGCUCAUGCGGUGGCGCGCUCGCCAGCUAGACGGUGCAGCCGCUCAGACAUGAGCAGCCGGUCUGGGUCCGGCCGCGCCACAUGGAGCUCAUCCGGGUCGUCGUCAUCGGCGCUCCGCAGGUUGGGAAGUCCACCAUCGUCAAGCAGUUCGUGCAGAGCGCGGCGCCGGGGCGGCCGCAGUGCGCGCUCUCGGACGGCUGCCCGCGCCACACCUACUUCCCGGCCGUACUGCUGAACAGCCAGCUGUUCGCCUUCCGGCUGCACGACGUGGCCAGCGUGCGGCGCUUCCCAGCCGGCUCUGAGCAGGAGUGGAGCUCGUGCCGCGCGCUCGGCCUGCGCAGCGCCGCCGCCUACGUGCUCGUGUUCGACCUCACGUGCCCAGAGUCGUUCCGCUACAUCCGCACCAUCCGCGACCAGAUGCUCGAGUCGCGCGACAUGCAGCGCGUGCCCGUCAUCGUGGUGGGCAACAAGCGCGACAAGGUGGCGGCGCACGGCGCGCGCGGCUGCCGCGACGCCUCCGCCACCGUGCGCAAACACUGGAAGUGGCCGUACGUCGAGUGCUCGGCCAAGUUCAACUACCGCGUGCUGCAGGUGUUCCGCGAGCUGACGAUGGCGCUGGACGCGCUGCGGCAGGAGGAGGCGCCGCCGACGGAGGCCGAGGCGGCGGCGCGGUCGGAGCAAGCGGCGCGGUGCCGCCACUGCACCAUCCAGUAGGGCGGCGGCCGGCCUGCUCGCUCGUGCCCAGCGGGGCCGCACAAUCCCUUUUUUAUCUGUGUUGGCGCGGGCGCGUUAGCGCUCGCCGAUGUGACGAAACCAUGUACAAGACGAGGAAGUGCAAAUGCUCUCGUGAGUGGAACCCACUUCUGGGAGGAGGAUGCUGGAUGGAUGACGAUCGCGCAAUAAGCUCCGGUCUGGCGGAGAGUGUGCCGGCCUGAUCAGGUGCGCACGGCUGAGGGCAGCGUGCCGGCCGGGGUGCCCGCCCCCCGACCCUGUCUUUCACUGGCCUCACCCGCCGCGCG